AUGAAUAAUGAUAAUAAUAAUCCAGAAUAAUAGCCUUUCGGAUUAUGGAAUAGAACUGCUAUUGAAAAAAAAACGACGCCUUUAGAUUAAGUAAAAACGAUGGCGAAUGAAAAAAUCCAAGAGAUAAUGAGCAAUGAAGUUGUAAUAAAAGUUGGAAAAGAAUUAGAGAACCUGAAGUAGGAACUGAAAGAGGGUUAUGAUAAAUUGGAUUAGAAGGCGUAGAGUGUUUUACAUGAAUAGAAAGCAAAAAUGAAUUUAUGGAUUAAAUAAAAAAUAGAAAUGGCAAUAAUCAGAGUGUUGGAGAAGACAAAACCCAUUCUUCUAGAAAGUAUUCUUGAUCCGUAUAUGUGUGAUUGUCUAUCCAAACUCAUUGAAGAUGUAUUCGAAGAGGUGUGGCCAGAUAUCAAAGAAGAAAUUUUAUUACAAAUAAGAGUGAAAUAUGCAGAUCCUUAUGAGUUAGUGGAAUUUCCAAAACCGAAGUUAUGUUGUAUUUAAUACCCUUGGUUUUGGUUCAAGGUAUGGUAUUUAUAUGUUACACAACCUUUUGAUAAAUCAAUUUUUGAGCAAUUACAUUGGUAUUCUUGGUGGCUGAUCUUCAUAGUUCAAUUAAUACCCUUUUAUGGAAUACAAGCAUUUAUUUAUGUUUUUGUAUUUUUGUUCAUUGACAAAGAGGAUGAAUAUUAAUUGAUUCGAUUCAUAUUAGCCUUUAAAAGCAUGUAAUUUAUAUCUAUCGGAUUGAUAGGAACUAUGGUAGGAUAUUUCACAUUCUAUUCAUGUGCUGUAGUUUCAUCUGUAGAUAAAAGUUAUAAAGAUUGCAAAGAUGAUGGUCCUGCAAUAUUUUUAAGUUUUUGGUCUGAUAUUGCAGGUUUUUUACUUCAAUUGCUGUUGGUUUGGUUAGCAAUUAUAUUGUUGAAAUGUUCAAAAAUUAAGGGUCAGGUAAGAUUUAAGCAUGUGUAAGAAUCUUAAUAAUAAGUCAAUAAUAAGAAACUCUCAAAGCAAUCAUGUUGUUUAUGUUGUUCAUUUAAUAAUAGAGGAGGAAGAUUAUAUUGCUUUAUGCUUUACGAUUUAAUUUGUUUUUUUGGGUGUGUGGCCUUGUUUUUAGGUUUGUCUGUCUCCGAUGGAGAGAGAAAGCUUUGGCAAUAUAGGUCAACCAUGUAUUUGGCCAAAACCGUAUAUGGAUUAUUGAGUUUUCCUUUUUUGGUGUUUCGUAUUCCAGGACUAACUUGGUUGAUAACUCGUUCUCAUGGAACAGGGUAUGAUUGCAAUGGUAAUUGUGUACCUUUGGUGUCAAAUCUACAAUAGUAUCACCUAAGAAAAAAGUAAUAAAAACAACCAUAUGAUCCAAAAUAUGCAGUUUAAAAUGACGACUUUGAUGUGAUGGAAGGAGUGGAAUUAAUGGAUGAAUUGGUAAAUUGA